AUGCGUCUCAGCUCCCUUUCCACUUUUCUCGUCGCUGUUGUCGGUGUCUUGGGUCAGCAUGAGAAGCCUAGACAUUAUCAUAGAGAUGGCAAGUUUGAAAUCUCUUGCGGCAACCGCGGUGGAAUCCACGGUGGGAUGAAAGCCGUUGCCUACUUCGGCAACUGGGAUAUCUACGGAGCCAAAUACUUCAUCACCGAUGUUCCAGCAGAGAACUUGACCCAUCUUGUCUAUGCUUUCGCCAACGUCAACGCUACUACUGGCAGCGUUAUAUUGAGUGACACUUGGGCCGAUCUCCAGUAUGCGUACCCUGGAGAUAAUACCACUACACCGGGAGAGAAUGUAUAUGGGAAUAUCAAGCAGAUGUUCCUGUUGAAGAAGAAGCACCGCCAUCUCAAAACUAUGCUCUCCAUCGAUCUCGGCUUCGAUGGAAUUGAUAUCGACUAUGAGUACGUCGCAGAUCACAGUCAAGCGGCUCAGAUGGUGGAUUUGCUCAAGCGUCUGCGCCAGAGUCUGGACCAAUUAGCGGAGAAGACCGCCGCUACAUCCCCAUUCCAGAUCAGCUAUGCCUCUCCAGCGGACAAGGACAAGGCUGUCAUGUUAGACCUCACUAGCAUGACCCCGUAUCUCGAUUUCUACACUGUUAUGGCUUUGGACUACAUGGGACCCGGAUUCAGCAAUUACUCUGGCUGCUUGUCAAACUUGUUCCCGGAUGUCCGCAAUCCACGUGCAACUGAUUAUGAUACAAACUCGAGCCUUGAGUUUUACAUGUUUAACGGUCAUGUUCCACCCAACAAGCUCGUUUUGGAGAACCCGCUGUACGGUCGUGUCUUCAAUGGCACUAAUGGCGUGGGGGAUAAGUUCUCCAAUGGCGGCACACAGGGCAGUCUUGGUACCGCAGGGCUUUGGAAUUACAACGCACUUCCCCUACCAGGAUUCAACGCUAAGGUUGUCAACAUUCCUCGUGUUGGUGGAAGCUACAGCUACGACGCCAAGCAGAAAUACCUGGUUAGCUAUGAUACUCCUGAGAUAGCUGCCCUGAAGGCUGAGUAUGUUCAGUGUUUGGGUCUUGCUGGCACCGCCUGGUGGGAAGUUAGCAUGGACCGAAACGAUACUCUGAGUCUCAUCGGCACCACUGUCUCUCUGUUUGGAGGCGCUGGCUCUUUGGAUCAGUCUCUUAACAACUUGAACUAUCCCACCAGCACAUAUGUUAAUCUGAAGGAUGGCUUCUCUGGCAAUUAA